AUGGAGAGCUAUGGCUCGUCACGCGGGAUGGAUCCUGCAUUCUCUCAGCGGUCUGCCCAGGGGCAAGACCGCAUCUGGUUUUGGCGAUGGCACUACCGGGCCGUCACAGUCCAGCGCCUCUUCGACGAGAUGAUCGGUUGCUGGCUUGACAAGAACUGCGGAGAAGGGGAGCUAGAAGAGGACACCCUGGCGCAGGGCUGGUGGCAGUCCAUGAUCAAGCACAUCCCAUCGCUGCGGAGGGCAACAGCCACCUCCCCAGACUGGGCAGGCCCGGGCGCUCUGACGAAGGACGCCCUGCGGAGAGUGCUCCGCACCCUGUUCACCUGGCUGGCCUGGGUGCACGAGGACGUGGGGCACUCUGCCGCGGCGUACGUGUACAACCCGGUCCACACGCCGAUGUGCGUCCCAGAGGACGGCGAGGGCGUGCCGAUCCACUCGUUCGUGUUCAACGCCCUGGCCUACCGAGGCUUUGUGUUCCUGGAGCGCGCGAAGCUUCUGGACGAGCCCCCCAGCUUCUGGUUUGGCGGCCAGGGGGACAACCAGUGUUUCGCGGACUUCCAGGAUGCCUUGCGGGAGCUUGGGCGCUCGGACCCAGCAUUCUCUGAGUGCGACAAUGAUGGGUUUUAUUCGUGCGUGGACCGCAUCGAGACCGCGGUGAGCAGCUGA